AAGUGCAGAAAACAAACCAAGCGGCCGCAGCAGCAGCAGCAGCAGCUGGAGGAGAAGGAGGCGGAGGCGGAGGCGUAGCCGGACUGCGGGCCGCGGAGCUCGCGCUGCCCAUUCAUCCCCGGCCGGAGCCCGGGUGGCCUGUGCCUGCGCGUCCCGCCCGCGGCGGCGCCGAGGUCUGCUCGGAGCCGCGCUCUCCGCGGACCUUCGCUCGGGCCGGGGCGGAGCGAGGAGCGCGGCGCGGCGGAGGAGGCAGCGCCGGCCCGGGUGCGCGGCUGCCGUGCGGGCGGAGCGGCCGCGGCUGCGCCAUGCAGAGCUACAAGUACGACAAGGCGAUCGCUCCGGAGAGCAAGAACGGCGGCGGCCCGGCGCUCGGGCCCGGCCCGCGCAGGAGCGGCGGCAAGCGCGCGCUGCUCAUCUGCCUCGACCUCUUCUGCCUGUUCAUGGCCAGCCUGCCCUUCCUCAUCAUUGAGACGAGCACCAUCAAGCCUUACCAACGAGGGUUUUACUGCAAUGAUGAGAGUAUCAAGUACCCGCUGAAGACUGGGGAGACCAUCAAUGACGCUGUGCUCUGUGCAGUGGGGAUCGUCAUAGCCAUCCUCGCGAUCAUCACAGGAGAAUUCUACCGCAUCUACUACCUGAAGGAGAAGUCCCGCUCCACCAUUCAGAAUCCCUAUGUGGCGGCCCUCUAUAAGCAAGUGGGUUGCUUCCUCUUUGGCUGUGCCAUCAGCCAGUCUUUCACUGACAUCGCAAAAGUGUCCAUAGGGCGUCUGCGCCCCCACUUUUUGAGCGUCUGCGACCCCGAUUUCAGCCAGAUCAACUGCUCUGAGGGCUACAUUCAGCACUACCACUGCAGAGGCCCCGAGAACAAAGUCCAGGAAGCCAGGAAGUCCUUCUUUUCGGGCCAUGCAUCCUUCUCCAUGUACACGAUGCUGUAUCUGGUGCUGUACCUGCAGGCCCGCUUCACCUGGAGAGGUGCCCGCCUGCUCCGGCCCCUCCUGCAGUUCACCUUGCUCAUGAUGGCCUUCUACACGGGAUUGUCCCGCAUAUCUGACCACAAGCACCACCCAAGUGAUGUCCUGGCAGGGUUUGCCCAAGGAGCCCUGGUGUCCUGCUGCAUAGUAUUCUUCGUGUCGGACCUCUUCAAGACUAAGUCGACCCUUUCCCUGCCUCCUGCCGCGAUGAGGAAGGAGGUCCUCUCCCCGGUGGAUGUCAUCGACAGGAACAGUCGCCACAACAUGGUGUAGGUGCCACCCGCCUUCCAUGUGGGUCCUGUAAAGUGACUGCUGACAGCAAGUUCUUGCUGCUCUCUCUAAUCUCAUCAGACAGUAGAAUGUAGGGAAAAACUUUUCGCCCAACUGAUUUUUUAAAAAGUCUUCCUCUGUGGCCUUCCAGAAUAGGCUGUUGUGUUCACCUGUGUGGGAACGACAGCAGACUGAUGCCGAGUGCCGAGUUGCGGGUGUGCAGUGGGCUCUGUGUUCAUGUUCUAGUGAACCCGGCCCAUGCAGGAGCAAAUGGAAAGAUGAUGUAAGCAGAGGCCACUGGGCUUCUUGUGAUCAGAGAAGCCCCGGGUCUGGGAGAAGAGCACAGGUUCAUGUGGGAGCACACAGAGCCAUUGCACUGAGUGCAGGACCUGGCUGUGGAGCUCCCCUCUCCCUGCCUUCUGCCCCUCCCACUUGAUUCUCCACUGUGAUGUUGGUGCAGGAGGUUCUAUUGUAUUUUUUAAACAUAAGGAAUGAGCACAUUUGCUUGGUCCAGGAAUCAGACCCCAAAUCCAAACUCCCAGUCCUCAGGCCUUUGUCACCUUUGCAGGCCACAGGCCCACAGCCACAUCCCUCACACUAGAGAUUAGGAGACUUUAUGAAAGAGUGAACUUCACAAAUAGCACAAUUUCAGGAGAGAUGGAGGGCAUGAAGCCUCCUGUCUUCUUUGACUCGUCAUCCUGUGAUGGAGAAAUGCCACACACAGGAUGCCGCUGUGUACAUGAAUCACCAAGCACUUACACACUUAGAAAUGGCUAGACUUUGGUUCCCGUGCCUUCCCUUGAAAUCAUUUUAUGUGCCUACCAGGAUUUCUGGUGAGGGUCCAGAGAUGAGCAGCGGCAUAGUCUGGCUUCUGUGCAAGAGAAGGGGAGCAGAGGGGCAGAGGGAAAGGUGACCACUCUUUUGGCAACCUCAAGCCAGAACGGCAGAAUGGCAGAUGGUUUCAGGCCUAAGAGGCUGUCCUUCAAAGUAAUGGAGUGGAGAGGGUCUUUGUGGGAGAGGCUCAUGCUGAGCUUUUAAAGCACUAUUGUCUUGGGGUUGACCCCUAGGGCAGUUCUUGGUAGGUUCUGCUGGGCAGAACACAUGGGUUAAAUCUCCGCAGAGAGCUUUCCUUGUCCUCCAUCCACAAGUGUCCUUCCAAGAGAGGUCCCACUCUAGGCGGUAAGCAGGGACCUCUUCUCUUGAACCUCUGAGGAAAGGAGGAAGGAAGCAAUGCUUUUCAGCCUUGGAUGCAAACCUUUCAAAGGGCUACACAGAACCAUAUGGGUCAACCACCUGCACAUCCUUACUACAGAAUCCGUCCUUUCAUUUCAACAUAUAGCAAGCUAUGAUUUUUAUAUAUAAAUAUUAUAUAAAUAAUGUAUAAAACAUUAAAAGUUAACUAUGUAAAAUAUUAUUUCUGAGACAAUUUUAGCUAUAUCCACUACGAUUAUAAACUGUGUCUUGACCUGUGUUAUUUACUUUAGCUGCUUAAAAAAGCAUUGAGUUAAUUGUUUUUGAAAUCAUGACUAAAAUAUCAUAGCUCUGUGGUAGCCACUGUUUUACAAUGAAAGGAAUAACUGCAACUAGAGAAACUGUAUAAAAACAUUAAAUUGUCAGUAUUUUUGUAAGAUUCCAUUUUGUAAAGAGAAUAAUAUUCAAAGACUUUUGUAGCAUACAAAGUGAAAAUUUGUAUCUGCGAAACUAUACUUGUAUUAAAUGUGCUUUUUAAAUAAAAGCUCAUAACACAACUAAGGAAA